GGGCAGCAGAGAGUCGCAGAGCCGUCGUUCCACCAGAACCUAAAGAAGAAGAAGAAACCCAAAACAAAGCUUCCACACGUGGCUAACUGUUAGCAUUACACUACAGCCUGAACUACAGCCUGAACUACAGCCUGAACUACAGCCUGGACUACAGACUACCCCGAAAAUGGACGAAGAGCAAACGGCGGGGUACAGGGAGCCCUGUAUGGUGUGUUCAGCGGUGGAUUGGGGAGUUUCAGACGAGGGUCGCUUCUUCUGCAAGUCCUGCCACAACGUCAUCGAGAGAACCAGAGAGGUGGUGGACCCCAACUUAACUCCUGGCGCCACCCGGAUCUCCACCAUCGGCAGAGGAACCAGAACCAAGAAGACCGAGCACGGGCGUCAGUGGAAGGUGUGUGAAGGUUUCCAGUUCAUCCUGAGGAACCAGGCCGACACGCUGGUCUCACUGGGAGUCAGUGCGCACUUUAAGGACGCAGUGCUGUGUCAGCUCUGGAGGAUGUUCCUGCAGAAGAGUCGGCAGGCGUACACUCUCAACCCGGUGAAAACCAGCAGCUUCAAAGUGGGGGACCCGGGCUCGGAGACCUCUGCCAGCGAGACGGACCCAGAGACCGUCGCGCCGAGCGCGGCCGCCUCCCUCGCAGGAAGCUGCAGCGAUGCGUCGCAGUGUUCGGGCUCGCUGGACGCCGGCAGCUUCCUGUCGGCUCAGCAGCGGGGGAGUGGCACCGCUGUGAUGAGCAUGAGGAAGACCCUCGCUCUGAUCCACCUGGCGCUCACCUGGAGCCGCGAGCCGCUGACGCUCAGCGACCUGCUCAGGUUGGUGAGUGAAGGGCACGUCCCGUACGUUAACGCUUACGAAGAUCUCCCCGACGAGAUGAAGCUCGAGGGCAAAGACGCUCUCUUCUUCAGAGUGCAGAGCGUCCCGACUCACCGGGCGGUGCAUAAGGACGCGCAGUCUCUGGUUCUGUUCCUGCAGCUUCCUGCUUUUCCUCCAAUCGGCCGGCAGAGUCUGCUGCACCCUGCGCUGCUGAGCCUGCGCUACCUGACGGAGGCUAACCUGCCCGACGAGCUCCACCCGUGGCUCCUCCGACUGCUGGACUGCGCUGGUUUGGCGGAUGAAGCGCUCCACACGUUUGACCCGGUGUCGGGGCGGGUGCUGCCGCGGUAUGACCUGCAGGCCGCCGCCAUCGUCAUCGUCACCAUGAAGCUCCUCUUCGGCCUCGACGACCACACCGAAUGGGAUUUAUCAAACGACGCAGGAGACCACGAGGACGCAGGGAACAUGUUCAGCCUGCGGCGCUGGUUCCGGCUGCUGGCGGCGGCUCUGACCGACGCUCGGAGCAGGAGGCAGAGCGACGUGGCCAGGAAACAAUGGACGGCUAGGAGACCUCUCUACGCCACCAGCGAGAAGAGGUGUGCCAGGGUGAAGAAAAAGCGGGUAGCGGAGCAGGUGACUAGACGUUUUGGAGAGGCUGUCCUCGACCGUCCUGUUGGGGGGGGGCAGCGUGGCCCCCCCUGCAGCUUCCUGUUCUGCUGGGGAGGGGACGGGGGGGCGGGGCCCAGCCUGCACAGUAAGAAGCUGGACGCUGCCCUGAUUCUGGGGGGUGACCCGUCCCCCGCUAACCCCACAUACUGGCAUCCGGACCUAAGACUCCACCAUCCCCGUUUGUGUAAGAGUCAUUUCUCGGAGGACUCGCUGCCUCAGAGCUUCGUCUGGCUGCUGCAGUUCUUUUGCUUCCUGCUGGACGUUGGUCCACUGUCACUGUACAACGAGGUUCUGAGGCUGGAGAGGAGGCUCGUCAGGAGGAAGAGUGGGGGGAGGAAGAGGAGGUUCAGAGGGAGAGGAGGCUCGUCAAGAGGAAGAGGAAGUGGUCUGUCUGCAGCUCACAGAGUCCUGCUGUGAACCCGGACAUGUGGAGACCCCUUAUUAUAGAAAUGUAGAGUAGGGCUCUCCAGCUCAGAGACACUGCCGGAUGCUAACCUGCGGAUUUUGGGACGUUAGCACAGUUAGCAUCAGCUGUGCAUUAUAGCUUAUGUGGACAAUAGCUAGAAAAUGGCUGAUUUGGACGAUUGUGGGGGUUACUGAGGAUGCUGAGUUAAAUUAAGGACAUUUUCGGGAUCAAGAUGGCAGUUUGAACCAGGAAGUGUUGCUACUUCUCUCCGGGCUUUUCCCUUUUCUGAAAAAGGAAAUUGUAAAAAAUCUCAAUAAAACAACAACAUCUGUUCUG